AUGGCACCAGUUACAAGUUACAUGUUUCUCCUUGUCCUCAUUGGUCAUUGGCCCUUCGCGUUUGCUAAAUCCCGAAUGCAUGAUCCUGCUUCAACUUCACAGCAUACAGAAACAGGAUUUGGAUUCGUUAAGGAAUUAAACCUACACCCGAAACUAGAUGUUAACAUAUAUAAGCCAAACAUGUCUGAUUCCGGCAGCAUUACAAAUUCCAGAAUCGUUGAAAAACCGCUAAGACUUCCAGUUCUUGGUGACUCAAGUGCUUCUAUUCAAGAUCUUGCUCAUUUUGCUGGAUAUGUUCGAAUUAAUCACACUAUAGGCGCAAGGAUGUUUUACUACUUUUUUCAAUCAAGAAACAGCAAGGAUGAUCCUGUGGUUAUAUGGUUGACUGGAGGACCGGGUGGUAGCGGUGCAAUAGCGCUUUUUAAAGAAAACGGUCCGUUCCAUUUGACGAAGAAUUUGUCCCUAGUCUGGAAUGACUACGGUUGGGAUCAGGUUUCCAACAUCAUAUACAUUGACCAACCUAUUGGAACCGGUUUCAGUUACAGUACUAGUGAACAAGACAUUCGACAUGAUGAAAAGGGCGUGAGUGAUGAUCUUUAUGACUUCUUGCAGGGAUUCUUCGAGCUACACCCUGAAUAUGUGAAAAACGACCUCUAUAUAACCGGAGAAUCAUACGGAGGGCACUACAUUCCAGCUUUUGCUGCGCGUAUAAACCAGGGGAACAUGAACAAAGAUGGCGUUCGUAUAAACUUGAAGGGAUUUGCAAUUGGCAAUGGACUCACUGAAGCAGGAAUUCAGUUCAAGUCAUGUCCUGAUUUUGCUCUUCUGAAUAAUUUAAUCACCUGGGAAGAUUACGUCAGAAUAAUUCAGAUGGUCCCAGAGUGCGAAAACGCAGCAAAGAAAUGUGGGACUAAUGGCCAUAACAGCUGCCUUGAAGCCCAGCAUAUAUGCAGUCAGAUUCAUAAACAGAUUUUGAGCAUCAGCCAUAUAUGUGGUUAUGAUAUUAGGAUUAGGAGGCAACAAUGUUAUAACAACUCCGAAAUCGAAGAGUUCUUGAACAUGGCAUCAGUGAAAAAAGCAUUAGGGGUACCAGGGGAUAUCGAUUUUGUGUCGAUUAGUAGUGUGGUGUAUAAUGCACUGAUGGAAGACAUCAUGAGAAACCUUGAAGUUGGCCUUCCGGAGCUUUUGGAAGAUGGUUUUAAGAUGCUUGUAUAUGUCGGAGAAUAUGAUUAUUUUUGUAACUGGAUUGGGAACUAUAGAUGGGUUGAGGCCAUGAAAUGGUCCGGUCGAAAAGAAUUUGAAGAAUCAACGAUUGUCAAAUUUGAAGUAGAUGGCAAAGAAGCGGGAGAGUUAAAGAACCAUGGUCCACUCACUUUCCUUACGGUGCAUGAUGCUGGACAUAUGGUUCCGAUGGAUCAACCAAAGGCUUCAUUGCAGAUGCUAAAGAUGUGGAUGGAUGGAACACUUAACUAAAAGAGACUGUUUUCUAUGUGUAAUUGACAGAUCAACAUAAAGCAUUAUGAAUAUAUAAUAAACAUAUAAUCUUAUA